AUGUCAAGCAGUAUGUCAAUGUCCACCUCGGCAAUGAGUUUCAACACGAACAACCUGGAAACUCUGCUUUUUUCGACUUCAUGGGUCCCGAUAACAACGGGUCAGUACGUGGGCUCAUGGUUCUUCACCUUCUUCCUGGCAGUGAUCUGGCGGGCCUUGGUUUUUGUGCAGAAAAGACUCGAUCAUUACUGGAUUCGGAAACAUUCCACUCAAUAUGUCGGUAAUGACUCUCUCGGAAAUAUACCGGUGGCGUUCAGCCACACUAGAUCAGUUCAAGAUUGGAGACUGUCUGUUAAUCUGCCACGUGCGAUACUGGCAUAUGUUGUUCAGUCUAUCGCAUACCUCUUAAUGAUUCUGGUCAUGACAAUGAAUGUAGGGUUGUUUUUUGCAGUUACGAUUGGGUUUUUCUUUGGGGAGCUAUUUUUUGGACGGCCAGACUUCAUGAAUUUGCGUAGUGGGUGA